UGUGCUACCUUUUCUCUUUCCUCGCCUUGACAUGGCUACCAAGUUCUCUAACUCAGUUAAUUUUCUCUGCUUAUUUUCCUUUCUUUCUCUUCUUCCCUAUGCUGAUUCAGUUAGCUUCAAAAUAUCCCGGUUUGACCCUACGCUGAGCAGCAUUAUUUAUCAGGGUGAUGCAAAACUGGCUGUUGGGACUGUCGAGUUUAACCUUGUCAAUUAUAUAAACCGAGUUGGAUGGGCCACAUAUGCAGACAGUGUGUUGCUCUGGGAUUCUGAAACCGGUAGGCUCUCUGACUUCACUACUCACUUCUCCUUUGAAAUCAACGUCCAAAAUGAUCCUAUUUAUGGCCAUGGGCUUUGCUUCUUUCUUUCUCCUGUUGGAUCUCAAAUCCCACCAAAUUCAGCUGGCGGCUUUUUGGGACUAUAUAACACUACAACUAGUGAUUCACCUAGCAACCAAAUUGUUUCGGUAGAGUUCGAUUCCUUUGAAAAUCCUGAAUGGGAUCCUUAUGGAAUUGAUGGUCAUGUGGGGAUCAACAACAACUCUAUUGCUUCAGCCGUCUACACUCCAUGGAAUGCUAGCUUUCAUAGUAAAGAUACUGCAAAUGUGUUCAUUACUUACAAUUCUACUACUAAGAAUUUAAGUGUGUCUUGGAGCUAUUUCACAACCACCAAUCCACGAGAAAAUUCAAACAUUUCCCUUCAAAUUGAUCUAAGGAGGGUUCUACCUGAGAGGGUCAUGAUUGGUUUUUCCGCUGCUACAGGUAAGUAUGUGGAGAGACAUAUACUUAAAUCGUGGGAAUUCCAUUCAAGUUUGGAAGAAGUGGGAACUGAUGGAAGGACUGCAAGAAGGAUCAACAUAUUAGUAGCCUCUGCGGUUCCUGUUAGUGUUCUGAUAGCUGGGACAGUUAUAGCAUUUAUCAUUUGGUGGCGGUGGCAGCAGGGGAAAAGGAAAACUGCAGAGACAACAAACUUAGCCUCAAUAAAUAAUGAACUUGAAAGAGGAGCGGGACCUUGGAGGUUUUCUUUCAAGGACCUUGUCUCUGCUACCAAUAACUUCUCAGAAGGGAGAAAGUUGGGUGAAGGAGGGUUUGGUGCGGUUUAUAGGGGUUACCUUAUUGAUUUAGACAUCGCAAUUGCGGUGAAAAAGAUUUCAAGAGGGUCUAAACAAGGGAAAAAGGAAUAUGCAACUGAAGUGAAGGUCAUUAGCCAGUUAAGACAUCGGAAUCUAGUGCAACUAAUCGGUUGGUGUCAUGAGAGGCGUGAGUUAUUACUUGUCUAUGAGUUCAUGCCAAAUGGUAGCCUUGAUUACCACCUUUUUGGACAGAGAAUUCCCCUUACUUGGCCUGUCAGGUAUAGAAUAUCCCUUGGAUUGGCAUCUGCAAUUUUCUAUCUUCACGAGGAGUGCGAGCAAUGUGUUGUGCAUCGGGACAUCAAAUCCAGCAAUGUCAUGCUGGACUCUAGCUUCAAUGUCAAACUAGGUGACUUUGGAUUGGCUAGGCUUGUGAGCCAUGAGCUAGGUCCCAAGACGACUGGGUUGGCCGGAACUCUAGGUUACUUGGCUCCAGAGUAUAUAAGCACAGGAAGGGCAAGUAAAGAGUCAGAUGUAUUUAGCUUCGGCGUGGUACUGUUAGAAAUUGCUACCGGCAGAAAGUCAGCUGAUCUUAGAGAAGCAACUGAAACAGGAUUGGUGGAGUGGGUUUGGGAUCUUUAUGGGGAAGGAAAGCUUCUUUUGGCUGUUGAUGGCAAGUUGAAACAGGAUUUUGAUGAAAAACAAGUGGAGUGUUCGAUGAUUACUGGACUAUGGUGUGCUCACCCUGAUAGCCGUUCAAGACCCUCAAUCAGGCAAGCAAUUCAAGUUCUGAAUUUGGAGACAGCCAUCCCAACUCUUCCUACGAAGAUGCCUGUUCCUACCUUUCAUGUACCUCCUAUCUCAUUCAUUUCUAAGGGACUUGUACUAAAUUACUCGAGCUCUGAAGCUGGUUAUUAUUAGACAUGAUUCCCUUCAUCGCUAUGGGACAGGGCUUAGUCUGAACAAUGUGCUUUGUUUACCAUGGAAACACCUCAGCGGUUAUAUGUGCUUUGCUCUUAAUUAGUUUUAGUUAGAGAAAACAUCGGACCACGUUUUUAAUGAUAAGUGUAUGUACAUUUUAGUUGAGAAACUUGAAUUAGAAAUUUUCUUU